UUUACUUUAUUGCAGGAAAGAUGUUGGGUUUGUGUGUGAAAAUAACAACAAAACCUGUUUUAUUAAAUGCUUGAGUAAUUUCACAAAGGAAUGAGGUUCAGCCCUGAAGGGAAGUUUUGCUUUUGAAUGAACUGGAACAAAUGAAAGAAAAUGUUUCAAUUUAUCCAUAGGGAUUAAAAUAUGUUUAACUUCUUAAUGAAAAGUAUCUGAAUUGGGCAGAGGGCUAUAAAUUGCUUCUUGAAAGAAAUAUCUAAGUAAAAAAAUACUGUAACAGAAAAUUACUUGGGUAAAAAAGAAUUUCACUGAUAAGAAAAGUACUUAAAAGUAAAAAAUAAAAUAAAAAACUACUCACAAUAAUCAGGAUAGUACUUUUACACACUAAGUGUUAAAUUUACAUAACAAAAACUACUCACAAUAAGAUAGUACUUUUACACACUCUAAGAAAGGAAGUGUUAAAUUUACAUAAGCAAACUGGUUCCACUAAAUUGCUUUCAGCUCAGUUGAGUGGAACCAGUUGAUUCUUGUUCUGUUAAGUCAACACUUUAAGGUGCGUCCACAUCUCGUUUCAGGGUGAGCCUAAAGUUAUAACUAAAAAUAGUUGUUAAAUAAGUAAAAGUCUAAUUUUCAUGUUUUGAAUGUAACAAAGUAAAAGUUACGAUUAAAAAAUACUUGGUAAAACUGCAACUACUCAAACUACUUAAGAACUGAAGUAAAUGUACUUAUACAGCUCAUAAAACUAAGUGUUCAAAUAACCUAAUUACAUUUUCACCGGAUCUUUAGAAAAAGAAAGAAAGAAAAAAAAAAAAACAGAACUAGCUCAGAGACGUAACCAAAAACCCGGAAGUGAAAUCCCUCCUCUCUCUUGUAGGUUCAGGUGUUUUUCAGCCGACUKCACCUGAAGGAGAGGUUGGGAUCGCUGCGCAUGCGCACCGCCUCUGUCGGAUAUUUUAAGGGGGGGUACCCAACCCGGCAGCGCGAGAGAAGCGGUGCGUGGUUCGGUCCGCAGAACUUGAACCGGACCGAGGCGGAGAGAAGCGCUCCACAGGACGGAGGAGAUGGAUGACAAAGAGAAGAGGAGGAAGGAUGAGAACUCCAACGACGACAAAGUCACUCUGAAAAAAGAAAUAGGACUUAUGAGCGCGUGCGCCAUCAUCAUCGGAAACAUCAUUGGUUCGGGGAUCUUCAUCUCACCUAAAGGCGUGUUGGAGCAUGCAGGCUCAGUGGGACUGUCGCUCAUCGUCUGGGUCUGUGGAGGGGGGAUCUGUGCCCUCGGGUCCUUGUGCUAUGCUGAACUCGGCGUCACAAUCCCAAAGUCUGGAGGAGACUAUUCAUAUGUGACAGAAAUCUUUGGAGGGCUUGUAGGCUUCCUGUUGUUAUGGAGUGCCGUCCUCAUCAUGUAUCCAACUACGCUGGCUGUCAUCGCUCUCACCUUUUCCAAUUAUGUCCUGCAACCAGCCUUUCAAAACUGCCUGCCUCCGUUCAUCGCUACCAAACUGCUCGCCACCAUCUGUGUCU